GAGCGAACGAAUGUAGCGGCGCUCGUGACGUCACGCGCGUGCGAUUAUUUUGAACGGGGGUCAAGAUGGCGGAGAAGAGCAGGUUAAAACACCGAAACCACACGGGACAGAACUGCACCGGGAGCAAAUACACCGAAGCAGGCUUCUCUGGAGUGGAGGAUGUCCAUCAUGAGAUGAUUCCUGAUGAGCUGGAUGAUAAACUUCUGCUGGAGGAGGCGGUGGAGGAGGAGGUCGGUCCGGUUCAGAUCGUCAUCGCGGAUGAGGACAAUCAUGAGUUUUCUUUGGAUGAAGAUGUUCUGGAGCGGAUCCUCCUGCAGGAGCACGUGCGAGAUCUCAAUGUGGUGGUGGUUUCUGUGGCUGGGGCCUUCCGCAAGGGAAAAUCUUUCCUGCUGGACUUUAUGCUCAGAUUCAUGUACAACCAGAGCUCAGAUUUGUGGCUUGGUGGGAAUGACGAACCCCUGACCGGCUUUACCUGGCGAGGCGGCUGUGAGCGCGAGACCACAGGGAUUCAGGCCUGGAAUAAAGUGUUUGUGGUGGGGAAACCUGAUGGCAGCAAGGUGGCUGUACUGCUGCUGGACACACAGGGAGCUUUUGACAGUCAGUCCACCAUUAAAGACUGCGCCACACUGUUUGCUCUCAGUACCAUGACCAGCUCUCUACAGGUUUAUAAUUUGUCUCAGAACAUUCAAGAAGACGAUCUGCAGCAUCUUCAGCUGUUUACAGAGUACGGCAGGCUUGCUAUGGAGGAGAUCUACCUGAAACCGUUCCAGUCGCUGAUGUUUCUCAUACGAGACUGGAGUUACCCGUACGAACAUCCUUACGGUCUGAAUGGAGGAAACCAGUUCCUGGAGAAGAGACUGCAGGUGAAACCCAAUCAACACGAGGAGCUGCAGAACGUCAGAAAACACAUUCACUCCUGUUUCUCCAACAUCAGCUGUUUCCUGCUGCCGCACCCCGGCCUCAAGGUGGCCACCAACCCACACUUUGAUGGCAGGUUACGAGAUAUCGAUGAUGAAUUUAAGAGGGAGCUGGUGAAUCUGGUCCCACUGCUGUUGUCUCCAAAGAAUCUGGUAGAGAAAGAGAUCGGAGGAUCUAAAGUCACGUGUCGAGAUCUCCUUCAGUAUUUUAAAGCCUAUAUGAAGAUCUAUCAGGGAGAAGAGCUGCCACAUCCCAAAUCAAUGCUGCAGGCGACUGCUGAAGCCAAUAACCUGGCAGCUGUAGCAGGAGCUAAAGACUCUUACAGCAAGAGCAUGGAGCAGGUAUGCGGAGGAGACAAGCCCUACAUCGCCCCGGCCGACCUGGAGCGCAGUCACGGCGAACUGAAGCAAAGCAGCGUCCGUCAGUUCCGCGCAGUGAAGAAGAUGGGUGGAGAAGAGUUCUGCCGGCGCUAUCAGGAGCAGCUGGAGCAGGAGAUCGACGAGUUGUACUCCAGCUUUGUCAAACACAACGACGGAAAGAACAUUUUCUUUGCCGCGCGCACACCCGCCACGCUCUUCGCCCUGAUGUUUGCCAUGUACAUCAUCUCUCUGGUGACGGGCUUCGUGGGCAUAAACUCUGUGGCGAUGUUGUGUAAUCUGAUCAUGGGUGUGGCGCUGGCGUCGCUGUGCACCUGGGCCUACGUCAAAUACUCGGGGGAGUUCAGAGAGGUGGGCAGCUUCAUCGAUCGAGUGGCAGAAACUCUGUGGGAGCAGAGGACGCCCAGAAAGAUCUUUUCCAAACUAUUUGAAGUUGCCAGGAGUAAAAUGACACUGGGUGCCCUGAUGCCCUCCCAGCGACAGAGACUUUCAUCAAACAACAACCUCAAGAAGAGAAACUAGCCCAUCAUACUCUCACUUUUAUCAGUGUCACCUCUGAGCCGUGUGUUUGUAAAUGAAGACAGCCUGUGGUGCUGCUGUGAAUGACGCACCCUUCAUCUCAUCUGUCUGUAUCUUCAGGAGUUAAGCUCAUGAGGUGAUGAACAUUCUGGAUUUCAUUAAAGUGUGUGUCGGUGAGCACACACACAAACACACACACACACACGACGUCUUAGCCUUCAUCAUCACCUUCAUCACCUUGUUCAUGAAUGUAGAUAUAUUUGACAGUAUUACAGCUCUAGAUCAGACCUUGAUCUUUACGAGUGAUCUUCUGCAUCUGUCAUCUCUGCUGUACGGACAGACUUCUGUUUCUUUCAUCGUUCCCUCCCUUCAAACACCACAGAUGAUAUACUGUAUGCUAUCCUGUACAGUCUGGAUUUUUAAACUCCUCACAGAUAGGGCAUGUGUAUAAGAUUUAAGCGUAUCAUGAAACAUUUUCUAUCCUUUUUGUAGCAGGAAGAACAAUCGUUUCAUGUAGGCUGCAUAUGGACACACGCACACAUUUAUGUUCAUAUCAUUUAUCAUUUGAACAUUCCAACUUUGCUGACGGGCAUCAGGAUGUUUAUAAUGUCGUUUUGUUAUGUUUCAUUUAAAGUUAUUUCUUUAAUUUAUUUUUCAAAUUGAUUAAAAUAAAUUGCUGUAUAUGAA